AUGGAAUAUAUUAUUAAAGAAUUAGGUAUUAAUAGCGAUAACAUAUUUCCCACUGCCUCAUCAAGGCUUUUUUCUGUAGUCGUGCACAAUAAUUGGUUAAAAAAAUGGAUGAAGAACUUAAAUGUUGAUAACACAGUGAACAAUGUCGAUUUUGCCUUACAAGCUGGAGAAAGUGUACCAUAUCCUUGGCGUAAAAUAUUUGUAAGGGUAUUAAACAAAAAGGUGUCGAAAGUCUUACCACUGCCACGCUACAAAGCAAAUGAUAACAACACUGAAUCGGCUCUUACAUUCUCACAGUUGUUGCAGUAUGCUUCUCUGAAUAAUCAGAUUAACCUAUGGAAAGAAUCAUAUAAGAAAUAUUGUCAAAACAAUGAUAACACCAAAGAGAGUACAAUUGUCAAUCUUCUAGAACAUGACCAACUCCUCUCGGAAGUAGUCUUAAGGCUGUAUGGCUGUAAUAUUAUUAGAAUUAAGUGUGAUGGAGGGAAACAUAUUGAGUACAAAGAAAUAAUACCUAACAAAUAUGUGUCUAAGUCAUAUGAAACACAUGUCAAUUUAUUAGCUGCUAUGUUUAUAUUGGAGACUGAUAAUAACUUCUAUGUAAUGUACCAUGGUAAUUAUGAGAAUAAUCUCUUAGAUUGCCUUAACUUUAGUCCGAGCCUGAUCGACAAGAAUUAUGCCAGAGGAAUGUUUAUAAUAUAUCAGUUGUUGAAUGUGUCCAAGGCAAUGUCUGAUAGAGGAUUAAGUUUAGGGACAUUGACCCUACAAGAUAUAUAUUUAUCUGAGAAUCUUUGGCUGCAAAUAUUGCCUAUUGUUACAAACAAUGUCCAUUGUUUGGAUGCAUCAUUAAUAUAUGAGCAGAAUAAAAGUAAACAAAGUACACCAUCUGUGGCCAGUUGUCAAGGCAAUCAGGCAAAAAGAGGAGAGGAAUGGUGUUGGAGAAAUGAAGCAGUAAAGUUGGAGAAACUGUGUAUGCUAUGGGUUAGGGGCAGGAUAUCAAAUUUGGACUAUCUGCUGCACCUCAACAUGCUAGCAGGCAGACAGGCUAAUGAUCUUCAAACCCACUUUCUAGUGCCUUGGGUAACUGAUUUCCAUUCCAGAUGUGGGAAGAAUUGGCGGGACUUAACUAAGUCAAAGUAUCGACUCAAUAAAGGUGAUAGACAGUUGGAUAUGACAUAUGAAAUGAACUGUUCAGAUCAGAUACCUCAUCAUGUGUCAGAUGCACUCACCGACAUCACAUGUUAUGUGUACUUGGCUCGCAGAACGCCAAAGGAGGUACUAUGUAAAUAUGUACGCAACAACUGGGUGCCAGCCGAGUACCCAGCAUCCAUUCAGCGAAUGCAAGAGUGGACUCCAGACGAAUGCAUUCCAGAAUUCUACACUGAUCCAACAGUAUUCAAGAGUAUACAUGAAGAUUUACCGGAUUUGGGUAUACCGUCAUGGGCAACAUGUGCUGAAGAUUUUAUUACGAAACAUAGAGAAGCACUGGAGAGCACGCAUGUAUCGGAAAAUCUACAUCAUUGGAUUGAUAUUACGUUUGGAUAUAAGUUGUCGGGCGCGGCGUCGAUCAAGGCGAAGAACGUGUGCCUGUCGCUGGUGGACGGGCACACGGCGGCGCGGCGCGGCGGCAGCCUGCAGCUGCUCGCCUGGCCGCACCCCCCGCGCGCCCCGCGCCCCCUCGCGCCGCACCCCCCGCGCCUGCACUGGACCGCGCCCCGCGACCGCGAACGGGAACCCAAAAAGGCAGCCAAGGAUACUCUCAGUUCGGAAGACAUAUCCGACGACGAAGAGGAGUCCACCUGUGUCCCGCAGCACGUAUCCCGGCUCAAUGUACCACAGCGGGUUCGAUCGCGGCACAAGAGUAGCACGAGGGCCCGUUCUCUUUCCAAGAGUCAAGCUGUCGAUGAUUCUGCAACAACCAACGAGAGUAGAGCUUCCUCUCAUUCUAGACACUACAGGGUCCAGCGAUCUGAACUAGGAAAAGGAGUCAUAUAUCUCCCCAAAGAGUUUAACUCGGUUUCCUCAUUACAAGCAUUGGAAUCUCUAGAUAAUUUCCGCACAAAGUGUUUUUUUAGUAAAGCAGAAGACAAGGAGAAAUGCAAAGAAAGUAUGAAGACAUUGAACCUUUUUCCAAUGCAGGAGGAGGCGAGAAAAAGUGGUAAUGUUGACGCAAAAAAUAUUUCAGACGAUACAGCAUUCACCAAUCACAUGUUUUUGGCUUCGUAUGACCAGAAUUAUCUAAAGAGAUUUACUCAAGACGCUCAUUUAGAAAGUGUGCUGAAAGAAAGAAAGAACAGAACAUUAAGUACUAGGUAUACAACAGAUGCUGCGGUGUACAAACAGUUUGUGGCUGAAACUCGCCGACAGGACAUGUUAGUUAUUGGAUGCCUUAUUGUUGAGAUAUUCCUUCAUCAGUACAUGCGUCCACUAAGAACAAACAGCAACAGUUUUGUGGAGCGAUACAACAGUUGUAGAACAGUGUUAAAAUACAAUUUCAACUCGCUUCCCAAAAGUGUUAGUUAUGUUGCAUCCCUCCUUCUAAAUGUUACUCCUCCAAGCUUAAGUUUCAAGAAUGAGUUGAGUCCUAAAAAAGAAGAGCCUUUCAAGAAAAUCGUGGUGACAGAUAAGGGAUUGCCGCCUCCGACACCGUCGCAAUUGCUUCAACCGUUGUUAAUGCAGCAUUUGAUCCCUUUCCCGCCAACCUUUCAGAUUCUAUACAAGCUGCUCAGCACAUUGCAUGAGUACGAGCUAACGAGUAAUGAAUUGAACAUAUUAUACACAUACGAGUGUGAUGGUGUACAAUGUGAGAAGUAUCAGAACGUCGACAAAACAAAGUUGUAUUUUAGCCAAAAAAUUGCUGAAGGCAAAAUUCAAGCAUGCGCAACAUAUUUAGAUGUGCUGUUAGAGCAAAUAAACCAUUACAGUCAAUUCGACGUACUAGACAUUUUCCUUGCUCAUUACAUAGAACUUCUAAGAAAUAAAGAAACGUCAGUGUUAGCUGCUUGGUAUCUGUUCGACACCGUAAGCAAGGCUUUAGGCCCGGCCGAGACGAAGAAAAAACUUUUAAAACAUAUACUUAACCUUUAUGAGGAAGAAGAUAUGAUGUCAGAUAAGCUAGAUGAUAAGGUCGUUGGUGACGACACUGUGACAGUAAGUAAUAGCACGCCGAGCAAACAAAAGUUCGUGAAACUGUACCACAACAUAUUUUUAUUACAAUUGAUGGUCAGACUUGGCCUCCAGUGUUUCUUGGAUAAUUUUACUCAGCAUCUGGUUGAGGCUGUUGGAGGAUACAAAGAUGACAACUCCGAGGCGAGUACUCCUGGACACUUGUGUCAUAGUAGAUCAAUGGCCAACAAAAAACCUAGAUACUCAGAUGAUAAUGUUAAAAAUGCAUUGUCAACUACCGCAGACAUAUUUUCGCCAGACACUUCGUAUGGAUCUGAACACGUGGUUACACCGGGUAUUGAGAAGAGUGCGAUAGAAAUAAACGAAUCGGUAAAAGAAAAGGAUGCUGAUAAUAGAAGUGAAAAUGACUUAUUUCAUUUUGAGAGUGAUAAAGAGAGACUACCAUCUCAUAGGAGUAGAAGCAAGUCCCCAGCGAACUCAAUAGAUUCCACUAAUUCUAAUAAUUACCAAGAAGCUGCUGUUAAGACACCAUCACCUUCGGCUGAUUUUAUUUCUCCUACAAGUGGGAAGAGUUUUCCAUUGGCUGCUGGUCCGUCCAAUUUAAAAAGCCUUAAUAUCGUAUUAGCUAAGGAUGAAAGUCCCGAAUCUAUAAUAGAAACUCCACCCAGAGGACCAAUGUCUCCGAUCAUAGACAUUCCUUCAAAUCCUAUGUUCACCAGUUAUAUUCAUUUUGGAGAAGAGGAUUCUACACCUGAUGAAUUGGAAAUACUGAAGAAAUCUCACCCAAGGGGAGUAAAAAGUCUCGAAUUUAGUAAACACUUAAAAAAUAUAACACCAUGUGCAUCUAGAAGCUUAAAUGACGACGAAUUACAAGCAUUUAAGGAGUCAAAUUAUUGUAAAAUCUCUGAUAUGAGUUCAGAGAGUCUUAUAUGGCUUGCACACAGACUGGGCCCAGUACUUACUUGCAGAUAUAUAACAAGAAAUUUGCUUAAAAUGUUGACAUUAUGUUAUAUUGGAAAAGAUAACCUAUCUCCGUGGGAGGGUGAUGACAAAGAUGAAUUUGACGAAAUAUCAGUAGUGAACAGUCGAGUGAUGGGUGAUAGGAAUGCAAUGAAGGUUAUAAAGUGCCUCACUUCUAUUGUAGCGAUGUACGGAGAGCAGCUGAUAAUCUUCCAAUACUUGCCUCACAUGGGCGAGCUGAUAGCGUCCUGCCGGCGGCGGUUGUCUGCGCCCCUAGAGGGAGGAGUGGUGGCCUGCUUGCACCUCGUCAAGUAUCUCGUGCCUUAUAUGACAGAUGUUAAAGUUAUGGAGCAGUUACAGGAUACGUUUCCAAAAACGAUAAUCCAGCCGGCGCUGCGGCUGGCGGCCACGAGUCGCUGCGCGUACCCGAGCGGAGCCGUCGCGCGCGCCGCCCUCGCGCGCAAGCUGCUCGCCGCCCUGCGCGUGCUCGCGCUGCGGGUCGGGCCCGCCAUGACGCGCCACCACCUGUGCGCGCCCUCGCUGCAGAGAUUUUUCUUGGCGUUCGACAAAGCAACUGGAAAGAUUGAUAAUUGGCCGAAGCAAGAGGAGAGCAAUGUAGAUAAAAUCUCUGAACAAGAGGGUCUCGAUCAGAAAAAGGAAGAUUUUCUGGAAAUACGUCGUGACGGCACAACGGCUGAAUGGACAGUACGUGCUGGACUAGUGGUGCGCGCGGAUCUGCCCGACCUGGCCUGCACGCCGCCCGACGUGUCCGACCGGCCGCCGGACCCCGCCACGCUCACAGCUCAAGAGGAGUUGCUGAUGGUGUUUGACGAAGAAUUAGCUUACCACGCAUACACUAUGUUCGCGAAAUUCGUCGGCGUCGAAGCUAUGGACAGAUGUUUGAAGAACAGUGACACAAUACGCGCCUUGUGUAGAAGUUAUGAACAAAACCAUUCCAUAGGCACCCCUAUUCAAAUGGACCGCACAGAUAAACGCGUCCAAAACUCACUCAGUGACGAGCCAAUCAGCCGCAAGAGCAUAGACAUCGUAUCACCAAAACCGGACGUUGCGACAGAUCAUAUUUCCAGUUCAAACAGUUUCGGCUCUAACGUUUUCCUAGUGGGGAACAGGAUAGAUGUCGCCAGUGAUGCCUGUGAGACCGCCGAGUACCAGAGUGACGCUUUCGACGUUGUGGCAUACAAAAUGGAUAAUGGAGUUAAAACUAACAGUUUUGACAGACAUCUGCGUGGUGACUGGCUGAUAUACUGGGAGCACGAGAUCGGUCGCGCAGACAAGGACACCCGGUUUAAUCUGAAGCAGAUCAAGCUGCAGACGUUCACGGGCCACACGCAGGCGGUCAAGUCUAUAUAUUGUCUCGACAACGAGAACAGUUUCAUGAGCGCUUCCAAGGAUAAGACGGUCAGACUGUGGUCUUUGAGGAACCAGGGCGACGGCAAUGCAUCGACAGGUUGCAACUGGGCGUACACGGGGCACAAGAAGGGCGUUCUGUCGCUGUCGUUCGUGCCGGCGCUGCGACUCGCAGUCUCCACAGACUCUGUGCUGCACAUUUGGGACCCAUUCAUGGAGACUGUGGUCUCGCAGCUGGAUAACAUGAAGUCGGCGGUGAGCUGCGUGCGCGCGCUGGGCGGAGCGUCGGCGGCCGUGCUCGCCGCCACCACCGACGGCGCGCUGCGGCUCGUGGACGCGCGCGUCGCACGCCGCACGCACGACCUCAAGCUACCGGCGAGUGCGACGACAUUCGUGAGGUGCGUGUGUGUUUGCGCGAGCGCUCGCUGGGCGGCCGUAGGUCUGGCCAGCGGGCACGUGGCGGUCGUUGACCUCCGCACUGGCCUGCCACUCGCACACUGGCGCGCCCACGACUCCGAGGUUCUCAGACUUGCUGCUGUGGAUGACUACAGACUUCUAAGUUCCGGUUUGGAUCAGGUGACGUCACUGUGGCGACCCGACGACGGCGUCUUAAUAGCGCAUCUUAAGGGCAGCACAGAGCCGGUCCACUGUCUCUCUGUAUACUACGACGAACUCAUAUCCGGCACUACCAACAACCGAAUCGGCGUCCACACUUCCCUCGACCAAGACGCCUCAUUUUCCAGCACCAAAUUACGUUCGGACACGUUCAAGGGUGUUUUAACGUGCAUGGCAGUGUUGCCACUUAAUAGGCUGUUGUUACUUGGAAGUGAUAACGGCACUAUUAGUCUGCUCUGCUGAUUUUUAUUUCUAAGUCGGUUAUAUUAUAUUAUUCUCAUUAUUAAUUGUAUAUGGCAAGACUAAGUUUUAAUUAAUUGUAAGGAACCAUAAAGACAAUUUGAUGCUCACAUUUAUAAAACGAAUGCUAAUUUUAAUUGUAGUAAUAUUACGCAUGCCAGAGUUUGUAGACAUGAAUGGAUGUAAGUUACCGUUUCACACAAAAGGAGCUGUUCAAGUAGUACUAGAUUAAGGAUAGAACAUGUCCUACUGUAAUAAAUAAUACUUUAUACCUGGAUCUGACAAGUUAAGAAUAGGCCUACAGCCACUGCAUUUGUUCUGUUAUGGAUUUAGAGUGCCUUCUGCACUAGCCCCCGUUUUUAUACGAUGAAGCUGUAAAUGUCAACGGCCAAUAAUUUUGUUUAGGUUGUUGCGUUUUAGAAGUAAAAAUUAUAAAAAAUACAAACUACAUACGGGUACAAAGGAAUCGUUUAUUAAAGAAAGAAAAUUGAGUAUAGUGUUAUAAACUAAAUAUUAAUAUGUAAUUAAUAUUUAUACUUAUCGUGGGUCACAACAUAAAAGUGGUUAAGAAACGAUGAUCUUUAUUAUAGUAAAAACCUCAGACAUAAAAUCUAAUAUAACCGACUGGAAAUAUAAUUCAAAAUAAAAAAAUCGCAUAAUAAAUCUAUGAUCUCAAAUUUCUCUAACACAAUUUUAUUGGUGAUAUUUCAAUAGGGUAUAUAUUAUUUACUAAAAUGCCGUCAUUUAUUUACUGAAAAUAAUUAGUCUUAAUUUUUUUAUUAAUUAAUUAAAAUUGUAACAUCUUUCCAACUUUGUAAAAUGUAUAUAUUUCUUUUUAAUGUUAUUUAUAUAUUUAUAACAUAUGUAGUAUUAAAAAGUAACCAUUUAAUACAUAAAAACAAUAAUCUACAAAUUAUGUUCAAUUAUUAUUUAAGUGUUUUAUCACAUUCUCUCAAAUAAAGAAAAUAGUUCGGAUAAUAAAGACAAAAUAGUGCAAUAGCUAAAAUUAAAAAGAUUGAUUAGUCUA